CCACAGCGUAGCUCACAUGCUGCGUGCGCAACACGUAAUAGACGUCAUCAUUAUAUGCUAAAUCCUGAUCACAUGAUCAGGGGGAUACAUUUAGGUACUAAAACGAAAUUUAUUUCUAACAGUAACCUAACCCUAACCCUAAGGUUCGUGCGGUAUUAUGGUCUCGUGGUAGGGUUGUUGCGGGUCAAUGAAGCACUACGUAAUUUACGAGUUGUGGUCGCAGCACUACCCUGUGUGUGAGCUACGCUGUGGGAGCCUGCAAGUAUAUUCUCUUGACAUUAACAGCAUUUCUGUUGAUCCUAUCUGCUAUGGACUUUGCCCUUGUUCAUCUGUGUAUUGAAGUCAGAACUAUCUCACUCCAAUGAACAUUGUCCUACAGUUAAAGAGAAGAUUAAGUCAUAUGGUGUGUUGAUUCAGUGCGGAAAAACUAGAUAAUUAUCAACUAGUGGCUUCUGAGUGCUGUGUAGUGUAAUCAGUGUUUGUGGCGAUAGGAACACACUCAGCUUAGCUUAUUCGAUUUUUUAACUAGGAUCCACGUAUGAAUGUAUGCUUUUUCAAAACCUCUCUCAAUAUUGACUUUGAGUGAUAGAAUGGAAGACUUAUGGGACACUGAAUUUUCACAAUGGAGAUAAUUUAUGCUAACCUUGCUUGUGUGAUCGACCUCUGUAGCAGUCUUCAGCAACUAAGGGGAUGGAAACCCAGCAAGAUGGUGAUUAUUAAGUGUCACAAUUGAGAAACAGGCGAUACAGAGCUAACACAUGGAGCUGGCAAAGUCCACAGAUUUCUUCCUCAGCCGGGAGAAGAACCUCACGUUAUCCAUUGUUCUCCUGGUUGGGUGUUACACUGCACUGCUCUAUCCUGCAUACUUCCCCAGGCAGCCGACAAUCUGGAGAGAAUACAGCAUGCAGCACGAGCUUGUUGAGGUGCUGCAGAACCGUUCGAACUCCCUCCUGUCCCAGGCGUGUCGCCCUGGCUGGAGCCGGCUCAAGCUCAAAGAGGCUUACCCAGGCCAGCUCCCUCCAGGGAUCCCAGUGUUCCUGCAGAGAGGUGAGGGAGGGUGGUCCCAGGCACACUCCGAGAGAUUCCUCCCUCCUCUGGGUCUGCAUGGGAGUGAAGAGCAAGCUGCCCGUGCCCUGCAGGGACUGCCCCAGACCAGCCUAUCUCCCGAGCUAGGGGGUGGUGGGUUGUGCAGGCGGUGUGUGGUGUUGGGGAGUGGGGGGGUGCUGAGAGGGAGCCGACUGGGACCCCACAUCGACCGACACCAUGUUAUUAUGAGGUUAAACAGUGCUCCAGUCUCUGGUUUUGAGGAGGACGUUGGCUACAGAACUACCGUCCGUCUGACCUACCCAGAGGGGGCGCCCCACUCUGCCAGACAGUAUAGCAACACCUCGCUGCUGGUUAUGGCGAUGUACAAGAGUUCCGACCUAGACUGGUUCACUGCAGUUGUGGCCAAGCAGCCUCUGGGCUGGUGGACUAAGCUGUGGUUCUGGCAGACAGUGGUGGAGUCCAUCCCUCUUCAUGCUGAGAACUUCAGAAUCCUGAACCCUGAGAUCAUCCGGGAGACCGCUCUUGGUUUCCUUGGGUACCCCAAACCCCAACAAAGCCUAAUCAGCCUCAGCCAGGUGCCCACUCUGGGUGUGACUGCAGUCGUCAUGGCGAUUCGGCUGUGUGACGAGGUCAGUCUAGCAGGGUUUGGAUAUGACCUGAAACACCCCAUGACCCCCCUGCACUACUACGGGACUCUGCGCAUGAACGCCAUGGGGUUGCAGUCAGUUCACGACGUGGGAGCUGAGAAAAUGUUCCUGAGGUCUUUGGUCCAGGCUGCAGCAGUGAAUGACCUGACUGGAGGGAUCAGCUGGUAGCCCAGAACUCUGGUUCUGGAAGUCUGAUAGGCCACCAUAGAGACAGCUCGUGUUAUGCAAUAGGAACAUGAAAGACUCAUUCAGUUAUAAAUAAAUAGGAACCAGUAAUAAAUGUAUUGUAGUAAGUAAUGGCCCUAAAAUAAAUAAAAAGUGCAUGUUAUACAAUAUACAGUACAUUUUAUUUAUUUUUUACUUGUUGACCCAGGGGACUUUUUUGACCUGAAAAAAGAAACAAGGAUCAGGGGUCACAAAUGGAGAUUAGAUAAAGGGGCAUUCAGAACAGAAAAUAGGAGGCACUUUUUUACACAGAGAAUUGUAAGGAUCUGGAACCAACUCCCCAGUAAUGUUGUUGAAGCCGACACCCUGGGAUCCUUCAAGAAGCUGCUUGAUGAGAUUCUGGGAUCAAUAAGCUACUAACAACCAAACGAGCAAGAUGGGCUGAAUGGCCUCCUCUCGUUUGUAAACUUUCUUAUGUUCUUAUCUUAGAAUCACACCGCUUCAUUUUUCAGUAUGUAGUUAAAGAAUGCUUAUUUUAAAAUUUCCUGUGCACUAUCAUGUUAUGCAAUCAUUUAUUAAAGUAAAUAAAAAUAAACCUUUAACAUAAAUUCCCACAGCAGUCUAUCCAGAGGCUGAUCAGGUCUGCCAGGAUUGUGUUAAUGCUCAGGGAGGUCAUACCCGAUACUAACUUUGUAAUGUUUUCAUUAUGACAGUGUGUCACGUCUUUGAUAUUUUUUUUUGUUCACAUUUUCUGUGAUUUUGUUUGAUAUCUAUGUUUCAAAUAUUUGAUUAAAUCCAUUAGACUUGA